CUCCCCUUUUCCCCCCCCCUCCGGCAGCCGCCAUCCGGCAGUGGCCGCAGGAGCCGGCCGAGGCGGCCGUGGCGCUGCUGCUGGCGCACCUCCCGCUGCUGCAGCCAGGCAACGCGGCGGCCAAGGCCGAGUACAUGAAGCGGCUGCAGACGGUGCUGGCCUACGCCAUCGAGAGCAACCGGUGCGUGGAGGAGAGCCGGCAGCUCCUGUCCUACGCCCUCAUCCACCCCGCCACCACCCUGGACGACCGCAGCGCCCUGGCCCUCUGGCUGGGCCACCUCGAGGAGCGCCUGGCUACCGGAGCGCCUCCCCCGGCCCCUCGGGCCCCCCCCUCCUCCUCCCGCCGCCCCCCGGCGCACGAAUGGCCCGAGCAUGGGGCACCCCCGGAGCUGGGCUCGGCCUGGCCUGAGCCCCCCCCGCGGGAGAACGGGCACCCCCAGUUCCAAGCAGCACCGCCCGGCAGUGGGAAUGGGCUGGGGGGAGCAGCUCUGCCCUGCUCACUGCACCCGAGCCCCCUGAAGCGCUCGCUGGGGGUCCCCGGCCCUGCCCCGAGCGAGUGGCCGGGGGGGGGGGGCGGUGCGAGCAGCGAGGACCCCCCCGUGGCCAUCCCCCCCCCCACCCCGGGCCGGGGCCCCUUUGGGGACCACGCACCGCUGUCCCCCCAGAGCAGCGUGGCCUCCUCGGGCAGCGAGCACACCGAGGAGGGGCCCCCCGGCAGGAACAGCUUCCAGGAGGAUGGCAGCGGCAUGAAGGAUGUCCCCUCAUGGCUCAAGAGCCUCCGGCUGCACAAAUAUGCGGCGCUCUUCUCCCAGAUGAGCUACGAGGAGAUGAUGACGCUGACGGAGCAUCACCUCGAGUCGCAGAACGUCACCAAGGGUGCGCGGCACAAGAUUGCGCUCAGCAUCCAGAAGCUGCGCGAGAGGCAGAGCGUGCUCAGGGCGUUGGAGAAGGACAUUUUGGAGGGGGGGAACCUGUGGUCGGCGCUGCAGGAGCUGCAGCAGAUUCUCAGCACCCCCAUCAAGGGCUUCCGCCCGCCCCCUGCUGCGCCGCCCCCCCCCGAGGGCCCCCCCCCGGGGCCCGGGGAGUCGUUUCCCCCCCCCCCGCACCCAGGCACCGACCCCGAGGCCCCUGCGGCCCCGGUGCCCGAUGGGGACAUCCCAGGGCAGUUCACCCGCGUCAUGGGCAAAGUGUGCACGCAGCUGCUGGUGUCGCGCCCGGACGAGGAGAACAUCAGCUCCUACCUGCAGCUGCUGGAGAAGUGCCUGAGCCACGAGGCGUUCACGGAGACGCAGAAGAAGCGGCUCCUGUCCUGGAAGCAGCAGGUCCUGAAGCUGCUCCGCGCCUGCCCCAAGAAGCUGCCGCUCGACGGCCCCGGCUACCGGCCCCCCAAGGGCUGGGCCUUCGGCUCCAACUCGCUCCCCAUAGCUGGCUCUGUGGGGGGGGCGGGGGGGCGCCGGGGGCAGCGCCCCUUUGUGUGCCCCCCCCGGGCACUCCCCCCCGCCCGCCUGGGGCUGCUGGGACCCGCUGGGGGGGCACCGGCCCCACGGCCCCCCCUGGGAGCACCCCCCCUGAGCACCCAGGGGAGACAGAGCCUGUGGUUCGGGGCGGGGGGAGCCGGGGGGGGCCGCAGUGGGGUGCAGAGAACGCAUUCGCUGCCCGUGCACUCGCCCCAGGCGCUGCUCAGCUUCCCCCAGGAGUGUCCCCCCCACGGCACGGACCUGGAGAUCAACCCCACGCUGGAGUCGCUGUGUCUGAGCAUGACGGAGCACGCGCUGGGCGACGGCACGGACAAGACCUCGACCAUCUGAUGGCUCCGCCCCCCCCACAUUAAGGGGGGGGGUCAAGGGGGGGUUAACCCCCUUAAGCCCCCCUCCCCCUCCCUUUUAACCCCCCCGAGGGGGGGGAGGGGCUUCCCAUAACCCCCCCAUCACCCAAUGUUGGGGGGGGGUCCCGUGGGGGAGUGGCCUCGCAGGGGGGGGGUGGGCGGGGCCAAUGACGUCACGGCGUGCGGGUGGGGCCAUGUGACACUACGGGGGGGGCGGGGCUCUCCCGGGUUUUGGGGGGGGUUCCCGUGUUUGACCCUUCCCCCCCCCUCCAGUUUUAGGGCUUUUUUGUUGUGUUUUAUUAUUAUUAUUAUUAUUAAUAUUAAUUUUCUUCCCCCAGCCCCGAUGGGGGGGGCGGGGGGGGUGAGAACCCCCUUAUUUAGGUACAUGGCAACACCCCUCCCCCACCCCCCCUUGGUACAGCCCCUCCCCCCCCUUCCCUCCCCCCUCCCCCCCCCCUUUUAGCGGCCCCUCGCGAUAGAAACCGUUAUUUUAGAUACAUUUUAUUAUGAAUCACUUUUGUUAUGAUAAUGGCUGGUAACCAUGACAACGGGAUUAAAGAGACAACGCGGCAA